UUACUUGUUUAAGUGCAAUUCAGAUGUUUUCACGGGCUUUCAACUUAAUGAUUUAUGCUGAGAAAUAAAUUUGAAAAUGAUUAAUACAAGCCAGCAAGGUUUCUUCAAGUUUCCUUAUACUUUUAAGUUUUAAAAAACGUUAAAUUUUAGGGAUUUCACACUAAAUUGCUGUCGGCUUCCGGGAGCAGAGCGCGCACCAAAGUUAAUUACCCCCUAACAGCUUUUAGUAGGCGGGACAGACAUUUAAGCCUGUUAAGCUGACAGCAAUCUAGUGAGACUCCCCAGGGGGAUAGGUCGACCUAAAUAUCUGUGGGGAAGGUCUCUUAUUGCCAUAUGAAGCAGCAUAUACCAAUAUGAGGUACAACAGUUCAAGAGGCCAGAUCAAUGACUUCACAUUUGAGGAGGCCCUGUUCUCUGGAUUCACAAGUGAUGGAGGGAUGUUAAUGCCAGAUGAAAUUCCAAAGGUAACUUCAGAUCAAAUCAGGCAUUGGUCAAAGUUAUCCUAUACAGAGCUGGUAAAAGAGGUGGUAGCAUUGUUUGUACCUGAAGAGGAGGUACCAAGAGAGGACCAAAGCAGUUUAAUAGACAAAGCAUUUAGCAGGUUUACACACCCUGAUGUUGUAAACAUUGCCAAGCUAAAAAAUGGUUUAAAUAUCCUUGAACUUUUUCAUGGCACAACACUUGCAUUUAAAGAUUUGGCCAUGUCUUGUGUUGGGCAGUUUUUCAACUACUUUUUGAAGAAGAAGGAAAGACACAUGGUUGUGCUUGUCGGCACCUCUGGAGAUACAGGUAGUGCUGCCAUUGAAGCAAUGAGGGGUCUGGAAGCAGUGGAUAUAGUGGUCAUGCUGCCAAAGGGGAGAUGUACCCGUAUACAGGAGCUGCAGAUGACUACUGUAAUUGAGGAUAACGUUCACGUGUACAGAGUUGAUGGCACAUCAGAUGAAAUAGAUGAACCUUUGAAAAACUGUUUCACCGAUGCAGCCUUUGCCCAAGAAAAUAAUCUGUGUAGUGUCAACUCAAUCAACUGGUGCCGCAUCAUGGUGCAGAUUGCUCAUUAUUUCUAUGCAUAUUUCCAACUGUGCCCAGGUUGUGAUGAUACAGUGGAAAUAGCUGUCCCUACAGGAGGCUGUGGCAACAUCACAGCUGGCUGCCUCGCAUGGUUUAUGGGCCUUCCUAUAGAGAUAACAGUAACAGUCAAUAGAAAUGAUAUCAUGUAUCAUAUAUGUACAGAGGGAAAGCUUAAAAUGCCUUCCACAAUGACCCCCUCUCUUGCUCCAGCCAUGGAUAUUCAGAAUCCAUACAAUAUGCAGAGAAUUUUGUACAUGCUUAGUAACAGUAAUGGAAAACUUGUCAAGGAAAUAAUGGAGACUUUUGAGGCUGGUAGAGAAGCAGUUAUACCAGACGAUGUUUUCAAAAAAAUGAAAAAGAUUGUUACAAAAAGUUUUGUUGCUGAUGAUGAUUUGAUCAAGUCUGCAAUGGCACGUUGCUGGAAGGAGAACCAGUAUCUGUUAUGUCCACAUACUGCUGUGGCUGCUGCCUACCACUACAACACUCUGGUCAAUUCUGAUGUGAUACCCAAAAGAGUAUGCAUAGCUACGGCAUCUCCUGCCAAGUUCCCAGAGGCAGUUACAUUAGCUGGCCUCACUCCCCAGCCAACACCAGAGAUAGCUGCCUUGGAAACCAAACCAACCAGGUACAUAGACAUGAAUAAGGGAGAGGACUGGACUGGCAUUCUUAAGGAGAAAAUUAAGGAGAUCAGCCAAAAGAGAAGAAGUUAUUAGCUUAUGAUUGCUUUUUGUUAUCUAUAUGGCUGUGAUUGUGGAAACUAAGAUACAUUUUAAAAAGAUAAUUUUAACACUUAUAUAUUUUAUAUGAUUUUAUUCUGAGGUGGGCAAGGAUUUGUCUCAAGGUUAAAUUAAACAGAAAUUAUAAUAUAGAUCAUAAACUGAUUCCAAUUUUUAUAUGUACAUGUUUUGAUUGUGAUUUUUUUGUUUUCUGAAAGCAAUAUUUUUUGAGAGGGUGAUUGUGCUUAUUCAGAUUUACAUGACAUUGCAAUAUGUAAUGCUAGUCCCAAUGCUAAUUAUAACUGUUCGUUUUGGCCAAAAAAUUAAUUUUCCUGGCGUAAACAACAAUUUUUCAAUACUUACCAUUGGUUAA